ACCAUGACAUCAGUUCUGUCUUGGAAAUUCCACUCUUUUUUUCUGUUGCAUCCAUCUCUCUGGGUAUCCCCAGAAGCCCCUAUAAAAAGAGUGUCUAAGCCUGAGACAGAGACACAGACCUCCAGAGUCUCUCAGCUUGCGCUUUGCUCCUCCAGCCCCUCUCUCCUCUCUGGACCAUGAAGAUCUCUGUGGCUGCCCUCUCCAUCCUCCUGAUUAUGACCUUCAGCUCUCUGACAUCUUCUGCUCCAAUGGCCUCCAACACUCCUACCUCCUGCUGCUUCACCUAUGUCCAACAACAGAUCCAAAGAAAAUUUGUGACACAUUAUUAUAAGACCAGCAACCUGUGCUCCCAGCCAGCUGUGGUGUUCCAGACCAAAAAGGGACGGCAGGUGUGUGCCAACCCCAGUGAGGACUGGGUUCAGAAGUACAUGGAUGACCCAGAGCUGAAAUGAGGGCCUCAGGGGCCUAGGACAAUGAAUCUUAAAGGAAAAUGGACCAAGCUAAGGAAGCAAUCUCCCCAGACUCCAGCCUUCCUGAGAUGUUUUUAUCAUUGAAAUUUAAUUUAUAUAAAUUAUUUGGUGGCAGCUUUGAAUAUUUAUUGGUACUACUUGCACUUUUGGAGGACGCCCGUCCCUCAUGGAGACUUCUAUUUGCAACCAAACCUCAGUUCCUUUGAGUCCUGGAGUCACCUGCUGGAUGUU